CGCAUAAUUGACUUGACCUGCUGGCCAUCCAAAUACGAUACCAACCCAACGCCAAUACAAGCCCAUCCAUUGCCCUUCUGGAAUCCUACCUUUCUCGAUACAUUCAACGAUUUAUUUACCUUGUCGUCGAUAAACACCACGUAAUUCCCGAGCACAAUGGCCGACUCCAUCAAGGAAAUCCUCGAGAUCCCCACGGAGUUCGCCCAGGAUGGCAUCCAAUUCAUGAGGAGGUGCACCAAGCCCGAUCGCGCCGAGUACCAAAGGCUGGUACAGGCUGUUGGUGUCGGUUUUCUGGUUAUGGGCGCUGUCGGUUACGUCGUCAGGCUCAUUCACUACCCUGUCAAUAACAUCCUCGUCGGUGGCGCGUAAAGCUGGUGUUGAUACGCGGUUUUGCAUUGAACGGGGCUUCCCCCCACCUGAGAAGGGCAUCACCAUCCCAGAUUACGAAGAAGAAAAAAAACCCCAUUGAACAUACACUACGAGAGGGAUAUUCAUGCGAAGACGGUUUGAGGGCAGCAUGGGGAGGGUGCCUGGGUCAAUUGCAGUGGUCCCGGCAUGGUCUCUCUGAGGGUGCCAAGGAUCACGCCAGGGGGAGAAUGAUGUCCUAUUCCGUGAGAUGGGACUUCGCCCGGCCGGGCUUGGUGUUCCGAGCGAGCGGGUAUCCACGUCAUACCAUUUGGGGAUCUUUUCUGUAUCAAUAGCUCCGGGAAAAGAAGAUCAUUUCCGAGAUUUUUUUUUUUUAAAUCAACUGCUCAGUUUUCCGCGUUGAGCACUCUGUGCGGACACGACUGACUGACUACCUGACUACGUCUCGGAACAGGUCAGGAUUCGGCUUUAAAUGUUCGUCCACGCUUCUCCCCAUCCU